AUGGUUGCCAUGGAAACCAUCUGGCAUAUAGUUGUGUGCGGUCACAUCACGUACGACAGCGUCUCCAACUUCUUGAAAGACUUUCUGCACAAGGACAGGGACGAUGUCAACGUCGAGAUCGUCAUCCUUGACACUGCUGUCCCAGACCUGGAACUUCAGGCUCUCUUCAAGAGACAUUUCACCCAACUCCAGUACUUCCAGGGAUCUGUUCUCAAUUCAGUGGAUCUAGAGAGAGUUAAGAUGAAAGAUGCGGAUGGAUGUCUGGUUCUGUGUGACAAGUACUGCCCCGACCCUGACGCUGAGGAUGCGGCUAACAUCAUGAGGGUCAUCUCUGUCAAGAACUAUCACCCCCAUAUCAGGGUCAUUGUACAGCUUAUGCAAUACCACAACAAGGCCCACCUCCUCAACAUCCCAAGCUGGAACUGGCGCGAGGGAGACGAUGUGAUCUGCAUCGCGGAGCUGAAGCUUGGCUUCAUUGCUCAGAGCUGUCUUGCACCUGGUUUCUCAUCUAUCAUGGCCAACCUCUUUGCCAUGAGGUCCAACAGUGAGAUUGAAUCAGCCGCUAAGAAUUUUUCGCCGACUCCUAUCCCGACAACUCCCUCUGGUUAUCGCUAUGUCAAUACCGAAGAUGAAUCCAGCCUAUUGGCAGCGCCUACUGGUGAAGCUCAGAGGAAACGGUUCAUACAGGGUUACGCGGCUUACGCCACGCCAUUUCUGAUGUCGCAAACUAAAACCAGUCUGCAAGUUCCAAGAGGAUCGUGGCAAAGCAAUUACCUUGAAGGAUGCGGAAACGAGAUGUAUACGGAGUAUCUUUCAAAAUCCUUUACGGGUCUUAGCUUCCCAGAAGUUACUCAAAUUUGCUUUCAGAAGUUGAAGCUACUCAUCAUAGCCGUGGAGGCAAACAUAGACACAGUAGAGAGUGUCAUUGCCAUCAACCCGGGUCCACACGUCCGUAUUCACGAAGGAACUCUGGGAUUCUUUGUCGCCCCGUCAGCUCAGGAAGUCAAGAGGGCGUACUUCUACUGCAAGUCGUGCCACGAGGAUGUGGUCGAUGUGGAUAAGAUCAAGCAAUGUGGCUGCGAUAAUGCGGACUACCUCAACAGACGGCGCAUUUCCUCGGUCCGCAAAAACCGAAUUUUCGGCCAAAAGAAGAAGAAGCAACGCCCGCCUACUUCUUCAACAGUGUCCCCUACUAAUGGCGACCCUUGCCCUCCCUCUCUUCAUGUGUCCUUUUCCGCCAAUGAAUCUUCUGUAGUUACGACUACCGUUCCCGCUGCUUCCAACGGGGAAAACAUACCUAUGCAAGAACACACCCCGACCAUGGAUGAAUCUACCUCAAACACAGAUUCAAAUAAUGCACCCUUGAUACCAUCACAGACAACCAAACAGAAGAAAUCAUCAUCGCCAGAGCCUGAAGGUAAUUCAGCUCUCGCUGUUCCAUCAAACAUCGGUACCGGAGGAAAAACAAAUGGAAUGCAACUACAGGAAAGGAGCUCGGCACAAGAAACCAAAACAGAGACAAGCUCUGAAACGCACGCUGGCAGGACCGGCGGUUGCCCUCGCCCUAGCGUGGGGUCGCUGGGGCAACUCGUUCUUAAGCUGAAAUAUGCAAAUGGCAACCUAGACAGGACCAAAAGGCUGAUACAGCAUUGGGUCGGCCCACACCAGAGGAGGCGGGAAUCGACCAAUAAGGUUGAAGAGCAAGAGGAUGUGGUAGAGUUUGACUGCACGGGGAUGUUUCACUGGAGCCCCGAUAAAUCAGUGGAGGAAGCGAUGAUUAAUCGAACGCAGGCCCAUAAAGUGGCUCUGACGUCACAUGUAGUUGCGUGCUUGUUUGGAGAUAGAGGCUCGCCGAUCAUUGGGCUGCGUAACUUUGUGAUGCCCCUCCGGGCCAGCAACUUCCACUUUGAGGAGCUCAAGACGAUAGUCCUACUGGGUAAUUUGGACUACAUCAAGAGAGAGUGGGAGACGGUCAAAAACUUCCCCAAAGUAUUCGUCCUCAAUGGGUCACCGCUAAGCAGGGCCGACCUGAGGGCCGUCAACGUCAACCAGUGCGACAUGUGCGUGAUCCUCUCGGCCAGCCGGAACAGCCUGGACGACCAGAGCCUCCAGGACAAGGAGACCAUCCUGGCCUCCCUCAACAUCAAGGCCAUGACCUUCGACGACUCCGUCGGACUCACCAAGGCCGGCUUGCAAGGUUGGAACAACCAGCUCCUCCUGUCCGCGUCGUCCGGCAGGAAGGGGAACGAUGAGGACAAGGAUAAGGAUGUCGAUGAGUGCGAUGAUGACGAUGGUGAUGAUGAUGGGGAGGAUGUUUUCGAAGAUGGUGGGGAUGCAGAUCUGCAGGGUAUCAUGCCAAUGAGUCUAUCACCUUUACACACGAGAACUUCAGAAGUCACAAGAAGAGGCUCGGCCGUAGGAGCUAAUGUACCCAUGAUCACAGAAUUAGUGAAUGAUUCCAAUGUGCAAUUCUUGGACCAAGAUGAUGAUGACGAUCCAGACACUGAACUCUACCUGACCCAGCCGUUUGCCUGUGGUACGGCCUUCGCUGUCAGUGUGUUGGACUCACUCAUGAGUGCUACAUACUUCAAUGACAACGCCCUCACCCUCAUCAGGACCCUAAUCACUGGAGGUGCUACACCAGAACUUGAGCAGAUCUUAGCCGAAGGAGGUGGCAUGAAACCUGGCCAGAACAACCCAGAACUCCUGGCCAAUAGGGAUCGAUGCAAGGCAGCGCAGCUUCCGCUCUUUGAAGGGCCAUUCGCGCAAUAUGGGAAUGGAGGCAUGUAUGGAGACAUGUUUGUAGAUGCCAUCAAGAACUAUGGCAUCCUGUGCUUUGGUAUCUACCGAUUCCGAGACAGCACAGCGUCCACCAGCACACCAUCCUCCAAGCGCUACACCAUCACCAACCCGCCCUAUGAAUUCCCACUCCUCUCCACGGACCUGGUCUUCUGCCUGAUGCACUACAACCCGGUCCCGCCCAGCUCCAAGUCCAGCGCUUUCAAGAAGAAGAAGCCACGCAAACCCAAGGAUGAAAAGACCAUCAAGGAACAACCUGAGAAGGAGAAGCCUUUGGAGAGGCUCCUGGACAGACCUCGAGAACCCGAGAGGUUAGUCGCGUCCAUCACCCAGACUCCGACCAGCCCUGCUCUAUCGUCAGUACCUCUCCCGUCGCCGGUCCCCGUCAUCCCCCCGAUCGAGCCGCAGAGGAACGGGUCGCAACAGCAGCCGGAUAACCGCGAAUCCGAUGUUACAACGCCGCCCGCAAACGGUAACGGUCACAGCACGCCGAUCAUCGUGGCACCGUCUUCAUCGCCUUGCUAGGAACUAAAGAAUGUAUUCAUGAUAACUAGGCAGGGAGACGGAGUGUAACGUCCAUGGGGGCAACUUCGAUACUCUGAAGACCUUGUAAAGUCGCACCAAGGGGAUCGAAUAUGGUUCUAGUAGAUGACAUCACCAAUUAUAUGAGUCAUGCAAAGAAAAUGUAGGGUGCAACUGAAGAGGGUCCAAUUGGACUUUGAAAAUUAUGUUAUUAUGAAUGUAGUCACUGUAUUUUCAGAGAUUAUAGCCAGUGUAAGAUGUUCAGCCUCUUAAUCAGAAUUUGGUUGCAGUAUUGAUCAAGAUGUGAAUGAAUUACAGUUGUAUAGAUGGUAGGUCUACCCUCAUCAGGGGCCUGUAUCACGGAGCUGAGUGAUUGGUCGUACAGUUAAUUUUAACUCUUGAUUGCACAUUGUGAUCAUUGUGAUCAAGCAUAAAAUCAGCCCUACGAUCGAUUAAGAAGUUUUGUGUAACGGCCGAGAAAGAAAAAGGGUGUAAAAUUUUACUGGAUAGGAAAGACUGGAUCUGAUUUUGCUUGAAGGAGUGCAGGCCUCUCGCCAAAAUGUAUUGCAAUAUAUUAGUAUGCAAUCAAGCAUAAAUUCAGCUUGGAGCCCAUUUCAGCCAUCGUGUGCCAAUUCACUACCGGUACACUAACUGCUGGUUGAUCCAUUACUUGGUUUGGGGGUGUAAAUGGGUACUGAAUUUUCAUCAAAACUAUUCACUGCUUACUACUUAUCCAUAACAGUAGGCCUACACUUUAAAAUCAAGUUGUCGUUGGGCGAUAAUUUGAAGUAUGAAACGCAGCUUUGGGAAUACGUCACACUGUGCUAUGGGUGUGACGAUAAAUAAUAGUUUUUUCUUUACUACUGUGGAACAUAGAAAAGUACUUUCACCGUUGGUCUUAGUUUGAUAAGUAAUGAGCACUAGUACUAUUCAAAGCAGACAUGCCCAUGCAUUUGAAAAUUUGAGCUGAAGGCAGUGCAGCAAACUUGACAUCAAUCAUUAUGAUUGGGACUGACAUAUUAAACACCCAUGCUAUGCUAUUUCAAUUGUAUCCAAGAAUGUCAUUAAAGAUUCUUAAUGGAUUUUGAUUAUAAACAGCAAGUACUAUUGUGUUACUUAGAACUAGCUAAUGACAGCGAUAACUCGACAAUCAAAUAUUUACAGAUGACUAUAUUGGUAUGCAAAUAAAUUAGUAAGAAAUCCAUCUUCUGUAUUCACUUUCAAAUGGAUUAUUGAAUAAAUAGACUAUAUGAAUAUUACAUAUUGAUAUUAUGAUAUAUGCAUGUACAUAGGUAUAUAUUUGAAAUGUUUUACACAAUAUUUUUAAUCAUAAUUAUAUAAUAGAAAAAUGAAAUAUUAAAUGUCUGUUUUGAAAAAUUAUAAAUUGUUGCCAGAUAUUUCCUUUUUAUUAAACAUGGACAAAGAGAAUCAUUAUAUUGAAAAAUUAUUUCCUUAAUAUUUACAAGAUCUUUUUUUUUUUCCAAAUGAUUUUAUAGUAUAUUUUAUUCUAUUUUUUCCUAAGCUCUUAGUGACAUCUAUUGUGAUAAGUGCUAUACAAAUAAUGUUAAUUAUUAUUAUUAUUCUUUAAAAUAUCAAAAAAUAUAAAACAACUAAUUUUAUCACAUCCGAAGGAUAAAUGCCUCUUGUAAGUCUGACUAAAUCUCACAAAUAAAAGCAUUACCGAGAGAAAGUGAUAAUUAACCUCAUAUGUAGAAUUCAAACUUUCACAUGGAAUGAAUUAAUGACAAAUAUAUCUGCUAUAAAGAUUUAAUUUACCUUCAAUAGUAAACCAUGCAAUUUAAAGAAAAGUAAGUAUUUGGCAGUACAUAAGCAUAUACCAGUAGGUAAAUUAUUUUAACACGUUCAUUCUUGGAGUAGCUACAUGUAUGUGCGGAUGGGCUGGGACCUGACCAGAACGCUGAUUGUGUGACAGAUUUCAGUUUAACUUCUGUGUCCCCAUAAGCUGAUAGGCUUCAUGAAAUACUACAGAUGUUGUUUGUUUUACAAAUAUUUGAUGAUGCCACUACUUUGCUUUAGGAAUUAUAUUAUGAGAUUGAAUGAUGAGUAAAUCACUAUUUGUAAUAAUGAUAAUCUGAUUUAUACAGCAUCUUUUCCAAAUACUGGUAUCCUAAAUAUUGUCCUUUAAUUCAUCCACAAAUCAAGCAUUGUACUGGGACGUUAUCAAAUUUCCCCUUAGAAAACAAGUGAAGUACUAUUCCAUUGAAUUGUAUUGGCAAUUCAGUUUAAAAUUAGGCAGUUACAGUGUAUAAUUCGGUAUAUACUGUACAUUACAUAUAAACUUUCAGUUAUGUCUGAUUUAAAUAACAAAUACAGGAG